GAUCUAUUGACACUUGUGUAUGUAUUUGUGUAAAAUGCAUAUAUUGUAUGUAUAUAGCUCGGGGUGGAUACCGUCCCACGCGCCCUGCAACCCACGGAUACCAGCCAUAUAUGGUUAGUAAGGCCGAAGAGGGGCUAUAGCAAAUACGCGUAAAUGAGCCUAGAAUCGUGAACAGAUCAGAUGAUCCAGCAAUCAUCAACUAAAAUGAAAGUGUUCCUCAAACAUAUUGAUGACGGUGAUCUGAAUGAUGAGAUUAAUGAUGAUGAAACGCUCCCAGCUCGUUCAGGCUCAACUUCAAGGGAACAAGAUUCGUCUGAAAUAGAUACAAAAGUGACUUUUGAUAAUGAGGAAGGUCCAAUUAUCCCUGAUAAAUCCAGAUCUCUUAGAGCAAGAAGUGUACAGAAAAGACUUCAAACUGAAUUAAAAAUGAGUGGUCGGAAGAAAAGGGACCCUGCGGGUAAAGGAGCAAAGAUGACUAAAUAUAGAAGAAAGGCAGCUAAUGCUAAGGAAAGAGAAAGGAUGGCUAAAGUUAAUGAGGCUUUUGAAAGACUUCGUGAAGUUAUGCCUGACCUCAAUCUUAUUCUUCAGGACGAGAAGGAUACAAAGGUUACAACAUUGAAGGCUGCAAUCACUUAUAUUUACGGUCUACAGAACCUACUCGAGGAUAUUAACACGGGAAAUAUAGAUCCUGUAAAAUACAAACUCCAGGAACCCCAGGUGUGCCAUAAGAAACCUCUGAAACCUACAAAAUCUGCAUCAAAAACCAGGAGCCUAAACCCAGCUAAACCCACAACAAAACCUCAGCUCAAGAUAAGCCCUGUCACCCUCACAGUCAAGGGUUCAGGGAAAAAGUGUGAGAGAAGAGCUCAAGCUAAAUAUAUCCUACCCCUCACACACCGACAGGAGUCUGAGCUCUGCCCCUCGGGGGUCUCACUCCCAAAACAACCCGAGCAAAAUGUUAUCCAAUCCCAAAUGGUUCAAAAUCUGAAAGUCACUCCAGUAGCGUCUGUUCACCCUUCAAACUUGAUCUUUUUGGAGCCAAUUCAAGAAAGUGUUUUUGGUAAAGAACGUGCAGAUAAAGUUGUUCCAUUGCCGUCUAUGCACACAUUGCUUCCUUCAGUGUCGCACAAAAACGAAACCUGUGAAUAUUACGUUGUUUUGAAGAAUUCUGAUGAUUUUGUAUCCCCGGUUGAGGAUUUCCGACUCCGAAGAGAUUCCGGGGGUUCGACAGGGUUCAGUUUUAGGUCCCUAUCUUCAUCACCAGACUCAACGCUCUCAAACAGGGAUAUAGAAAUGGAUGGGAUGGAAAAUAUGGAUGGGAUGGAUAGCAUGGAUUGCGAGGAUUAUGAGAAGGGUAGAACGGUUGUCCCUGAAUCUCCUACGGAUCUUGUUCCAACCAUAGAUCAGCUGUUCAGUCGACCUACUCCGGACCAGAGAAUAGACAAUAUGGAACAGUUUGUAAUCCUUGAAGAUAUUCAUCAGAUUAUCGGAGAAACCUGCAAUAUCAUCUCGUCCUAACCAGAAACUAAUCUCCGUGAAUAAUCUUCUAAUAGCGAUAUUGUAAAUUGUAGAAUGGAUUUAAUUAAUAAUUUUAUUUAAAAGAUUGCUUUUAACAUCUAUAAUUAUUUCCAACCUAAAUCCCAGUUAAACAGUGAUAUAGAUUAAAUGCCCAAGUUUGUUAUUUAUUAAUUAGUUUACAUUAAUUUCCUGCCAACAACUGAGAUGACAGUUUAAGAAAUUUAAAAUGCAGCGUAAAUAAUUGCUCAAGCAUUGUCUCCUUGUUGCCUACAUCCCUAUAUAUCCUCCUGUCCUUAAUUUUUUGUAUCUAUGUUUGCAUUCCGCCAUAUUUGUUUUCUACUCUACCUGCUAGUCUAUACCCAUGAAUCCCUAGUUCUACAGUAGUGUGAAACUAACCUAUAAUUACACUAUCCAUACUUAACAUAAUGUAACAGAAUAAUAAACUUGAUUUAAUAAAUAUUUAUAACGUC